CACUUCCCAUAUAACUCCCUUCUUCCUCACAACACCAUACUCCUUUACCUCUCUCUCUCUCUCUUCCUUCCUUUCUCUCUCUCUCUCUCUCUAAAAAAAAACCCAUCUCAUCUCAUCUAAUCUCAGUAGUUGAACACAAUAGAGAAAAAAAAAAUCAAUUAUGGGAUUACAAAGCCAAUUAAACGACGUGUCGUCUGAUUCAAUUCCUCUUCUUAUGGUAGCUCUAAUCGCCAGUUGCGUCAGCUACGUUCGUUCUUCAAUCUUGGGCCUCGUUCAUUUCUUGGGCCUUUCACGAUUUGGGCCCAACCCAGUUGUUGUUGUUGUUGACGACGGUGGCUUAUUACGAGCCGUCGGCUCAGGUCUCGCCGGUUUAAUCGUCUUAGCUAAUCAGCUCAACCUAAAUCGCCUCAACUCUUAUCCAUACAAUAAUAAUCACUCAUCUCAAGCCGAAGCCGAAGCCGAAGCCGAAGCCGCCUUAAACUCCGAUGAUUGUGUGGUGUGCAUGUCCACCUUAAGAGCUGGGGAACAGGUACGUAAGCUCUCGUGUCGCCACGUGUUCCACAAGAAUUGCUUUGAUGGUUGGCUUGAACAUCUCAAUUUCAAUUGCCCUUUAUGCCGUUCUCCUCUUCUUGAUGCUCAUUAUGAUGAGACCGUGUCUCUCACGCGCCAACGGCGCGUCGGUGCCGAUCUCGUCUCUUGGUUUUCUCAUCGGUAAAUCCGACGGUCACGAUCGUUCCAUCCUCGCCAGCCGAGAUUAUAGAUGUGCUGGUGUCUUUUUUUUUAUUUUUUAUUUUUACUUUUUUUUGGGUAGAUUUACAAUUUUACCACUUUUUUACGGCAGUUUUGAAUGAGGGCUUUUUUUUCUUUGCCACUUUUUUUUUUUUUUUUUUCUAAUUAACAUUUUUUUUUUUGAAGAGCUUCUUAUGGAGUUUCUUUUUUCAAACUGCUGUAAAUUUUGUCCCUUUUUUUUUAAUAUAUAUAUACAAAAAUAAGAAAGAGGGAUCUCUUUGUAAAAAAAAUUGAUAGUUAAUUAGUUUUUGAUAUUAAUUGUAUUAGUUUAUGUUUUGGUAAUGGUAAUUAUGAGUUAUAAUAAAUAAUGAAAAUUGAUAAGUAAAAA